CGCUUUCCGUCGGCGCAGAGCCUUGACGACAGCUUCUACUGUCAGACCUUCGUUACCACUCUUCCCUUUUUGGUCGGUUUACCACCACGGUUGAAGCUAUGUUAUCGCAUUCCCGAUGUCUUUCCCGGACACUCGGGCGGUCUCUGUCUGCGUUAAGUCAGGGGAAUAAUGUGCUGGCUGGAAGGACUGCUUCAGGCCUAUCCGUUGGCAACAGGGUUGUCUACAGGAACAGUCAGUCAUUUGAGUCUCCGUCAUCAGUUGGUGUCUUCCACAUCAGAUACUUCAAGACGUCUGCGGCACACAGGGAUGAGGUUGUCACCGUCAACACCCCUCCGUUCUCUGAGUCGAUCACAGAAGGGGACGUCAGGUGGGAGAAAGCUGUUGGAGAUUCAGUGAAAGAGGAUGAGGUGGUGUGUGAGAUCGAGACCGACAAGACCUCGUUGCAGGUGCCGUCUCCAGCGUCCGGUGUGAUCACGGAGCUGCUCGUGCCAGAUGGAGGGAGAGUGGAGGCCGGGAAUCCCCUCUUCAAACUCAAAAAAGGAGCUGCAGCAGCCGCUUCUGUCCCAGCAGCAGAGGCCCCUGCAGCAGCCGCUGCUCCUACCCCGGCUGCCAUCCCCGUCGCCAUGCCCGUGGUGCCUCCCGUGCCAACACAAGCAGCCCAAGCCAAACCUGUUUCUGCAGUCAAGCCCAGCGCACCAGCAGCACCAGCAGAACCAGCAGCCCAUGGGGCCAGGACAGAGAGCAGGGUCAAGAUGAAUCGUAUGAGGCUGAGGAUCGCUCAGAGGCUAAAAGAGGCUCAGCAGACUUGUGCCAUGCUCACCACCUUCAACGAGAUAGACAUGAGCAACAUCCAAGAGAUGAGGAAGCUCCAUAAAGAUGCUUUCCUGAAACGACACAACAUCAAGCUGGGUUUCAUGUCGGCCUUCGUUAAGGCUUCAGCACACGCUCUCAUGGACCAGCCUUCUGUCAAUGGAGUGAUUGACGAUACAACCAAAGAGAUUGUGUACAGGGAUUAUGUUGACAUCAGUGUGGCUGUGGCCACUCCCAAGGGACUGGUUGUACCGGUUAUUCGCAACGUAGAGACCAUGAACUUUGCUGACAUUGAGAAAACCAUCAACGGUCUGGGAGAGAAGGCUCGUAAUAAUCUGCUGGCUGUGGAGGACAUGGACGGAGGAACCUUCACCAUCAGUAACGGAGGAGUGUUCGGUUCCAUGUUCGGCACGCCCAUCAUCAACCCGCCCCAGUCAGCCAUCUUGGGCAUGCACGGUAUCUUCGACAGGCCUGUGGCCAUCGGCGGCAAGGUGGAGAUCCGGCCCAUGAUGUACGUGGCUCUGACCUACGACCAUCGGCUGGUCGACGGCAGAGAGGCCGUCACCUUCCUGCGUAAGAUCAAGUCCGUGGUUGAAGACCCCCGUGUUCUACUGCUCGACAUGUGAUCCCAACCUCCCAUCACUACAGCAGGGCCACCUUCAGUACACAGGACUGUUGCCUGACAUUAUAGAGGGUUAUGCUAUAAACGCAGAAUCAGAGUUAGCCAGCUAACUUUGAUCAACAACCAGAAAUAACUAGUUAUUGAUCUGGUUCAUUAAGAAAGCUCAACUUAGAUUUGCAUUUAUUUUUUGGGUUGUUCGGUCAAUUUUGACCAUGCUCAUUUCAAGGUUAU